GUUCAACCCGGCUCCUCUCUCUCUCUUUAAAACGCCACCACCACCUCCACCACCACCAUCACCACCUUACACAAUGAAGGACAAAAGGUGGUAGAUGUAUAAACCACCACCUCCUUAAGUCCCUUUGCUCACAACCCUCACCACCUUCUGCUUCUAUACUCUCCAUCUCCUCCGAUUUCCUGAGAUUUUUCCGAUUUACCCCACCUUUUACGCUUCCACCUUGGUCUUCUCUGUUUCUCAGUUUUAUGAUUCAGUGUGGAGGCAUUGAUUCUUGAGAUCAUCAACUGAACCAUUGCCAGCAGAACCAACCAUGGUUAGCAUAAGAAGGCGCAGACUCCUUGGAUUUUCUACUGGGAUAUGUCCUUUUAUGGUUGAGCUUCCUAAGUAUAGUGACAACGGAAAUGAUUCUGAAAAUGCUAUCCAGAAUACCAGAACAGUUGACGUACAUCAAAUGCCUUCACAGGAUGUGAACCAGCCAAAGGAGAUAAAUGUAUCUGUUUCUAGCUCGUCAAAAGAAGAUCAACAUCAACAAUUUUCAGGGCAAGCAAUCAAAUGCAGAAAGCGACACCGGAGGAGAAAGCAUUUUGAAAAUCAAGAGCCAUGUAUGAUGAGAGGUGUAUAUUUCAAAAAUAUGAAAUGGCAGGCAGCAAUAAAAGUUGACAAAAAGCAAAUCCACUUGGGAACUGUUGGUUCACAAGAGGAAGCUGCACGUUUAUAUGACCGGGCGGCUUUUAUGUGCGGGAGAGAACCCAACUUUGAGCUCCCAGAGGAAGAGAAGCAAGAGCUAAGGCAAUUCAAUUGGGAUGAGUUCUUGAGUUAUACUCGCAGUGCAAUUACUAGUAAAAAACACCAGAGAAGGGUUGGUCCAGUGCCUGUGAAGAAGUCUGAAAUUCCAGUGAAGAACGAAGAUUCAGAUGGUGAGCGAGGAGCUGAGGGGUUUUCGGCUUCCGAGGAUGUGGAGCAAGACACAUCAGUGUCUUGAUUCUGGUAAUGUUAGGGGUGCACAUGGAAGGUUCCAUAAACCCGUCUUUAGCAAUCAGGUUUUAGUCAUUUGGCCUCCUUAUUUUUUGUAUAUAAAGGCCCCUAUUAGGGCAGUUUAUUGUUGACUUUAUAUCUUUCAGCAGAUCUUGAUACCUUAAUUGAAAUAAACAAUUAUGAUUUCUUGCA